AUGCUUGUCGACAAACUCGCUCUUUUCACCGCCGUGGGCCUGGCGCCCCUUUUCGCUGCUGCGCAGCUGAGCGGCUCUGUUGGUCCCUUGACCUCAGCCAGCACUAAGGCUGCCACUAAAACAUGUAAUGUUCUCGACUACGGAGCCAAGGCAGACAAAUCCACCGAUCUGGGAGUUCCUUUGGCCUCUGCCUUUGCUGCCUGCAAAUCGGGUGGACUGGUCUACAUUCCCGAGGGUGACUAUGCGAUGUCAACUUGGGUCAAAUUGGCCGAGGGUGAAGCUUGGGCGUUGCAGCUUGACGGUACUAUCUACCGUGACAGCACGGAGGGCGGCAACAUGAUCAUGAUUGAGCACUCCACCGACUUCGAAAUGUUCAGCAGCAACUCCAAGGGUGCCAUCCAGGGUUUGGGCUACGAGCUCCACAAGGAUGACAAUUACUCUGGUCCUCGUCUGCUGCGCGUGUGGGACGUUACCGAUUUCUCGGUUCACGAUAUCAUUCUGGUUGAUUCUCCUGCUUUCCACUUUUCGAUCGACACUUGCACCAAUGGUGAAGUCUACAAUAUGGCAAUUCGUGGUGGUAAUCACGGUGGUCUCGAUGGCAUCGAUGUGUGGAGUGACAAUAUCUGGAUUCACGAUGUCGAAGUGACGAACAAGGAUGAGUGCGUGACGGUCAAAAGUCCGGCACACAACAUUCUAGUCGAGAACAUCUACUGCAACUUAAGCGGUGGUUGCGGUAUGGGCUCCUUUGGCACCGAUACCAAUGUCACCGACAUCACCUACCGCAACAUCUACACCUGGAACUCGAACAACAUGAUGUUGAUCAAGAGUAACGGAGGCAGUGGUUUCAUCGAGAAUGUCGUCCUCGAGAACUUCAUCGGACACGGUAACGCCUAUUCUCUUGACGUGGAUAGCGCAUGGUCCAGUAUGAGCACUGUGGCUGGCGAUGGUAUUCAGAUGAGCAACGUCACCAUCAAGAACUGGAAGGGUACUGAAGCCUACGGUCUCACCCGCGGACCCAUCAAGAUGAUCUGCCCUACCGGUGCUCCUUGCUACGACAUCACCAUUGAGGACUUUGCCAUGUGGACUGAAGAGGGCAGCGUGCAGUGGUACUCCUGCCAGAGUGCCUAUGGAUCUGGAUUCUGUCUCAAGGACAGUGACGACCACGCCGCGUAUUCCGUUACCACCACUACUGUGUCGGUUGCUCCUUCGGGCUACUCUGCUGCCACAAUGGCCUCCGACCUGACUACGGACUUUGGCACCGCCGUUUCUAUUCCCAUUCCGACAAUUCCCACUUCCUUCUAUCCUGGCGCUACUCCUUACAGUGCCCUGAUGUCCUUGUCCUCUUCUGGCACCAGCCACGGUACCCCUGUAGCUAGCACGGCUCGUGCUACUAGCGCGGCUACCAGCGUUGUCAAAUCCUCUUCGUCUUACUCGACCUCCGAGUACGUUGCUGCCACCGGUGCUGCUGAGUUCGUUGCCACCACCUCGGUAAGCAGCGCCCAGAAGCAGAUUACCAGCGCUGCCGGUUCCUCUGGCUCCUCGGGUAAGCACAACCAGGGAGGUCAGUGGCAGGGACUGGGCCGGGGUGAGUCACAGGAACAGGAUCAGGAUAGCUGCCAGGCGUAG